GAAAACAGGAACAGCUCUUAUCGGUGAACACACACGGUUAUAAUUUUAUAGACAUUCGCGGCUUUAUCACAGAUGCGCCUUAUCGCUUGUGUUCACUUCAUCAGACGUCUGUGCCACAGUGUCUGUCGGGAUGCCGGGUUUGUACUUGGUGGAGCCGGUGGUGGCUGUGUACGCGUUUGCCAGUUUCAUGGUGUAUCCACUGGUGCAGCAGUACGUGUACCGCCGUCUGUGGCAGCAGAUCACCAACACCUCGUACCCUGAGGUCGACGCUUUAUCCGAGUGCCACACGAACAGCAGCAACAAUCUCAGCCAACAUGAUGAAGUGCAAAAAGCAGCCUCGCUGUUCUCCAUGUACUCAGAACUUUUCUCCAUGAUCCCCAGUCUCCUGAUGACUCUUUUCCUGGUGGCUUAUAGCGACCAGCGUGGACGUAAACUCACCAUCAUUCUACCUCUCAUAGGCUCUCUGGUCUACUGCUUGUGCUUCCUCGCAGUGUCCAUCUUAGAGCUGAACCUCUACCUGCUAAUUGCAGCAUCCAUUGUCAACUCCCUCUUUGGUGGCAUAGGCACUAUGCUGGGUGGCUGCUUCUCCUACGUGGCCGACUUGUUUGAGGAUGGAAAGCAGAAGAUGCUACGCAUGGCUGGGCUGGACAUGAUGCUCGGGCUUCUCUCUGGCGUAGCCUUAAUCUCCACAGGCUACUUUAUACAUGCUGCUGGAUUUAACUGGCCCUUUUUCACUGCCGCCAUGUUUCAUCUGCUUAAUCUGAUUUAUGUAGUCUUUAUUCUAAAGGAGAGCAGGGUGAUUGACAGUGUGACCAGUGCAGAAACAAACACUCAUGCAUUGCAGAAGCUUACACUUGGGAUCUACCACCUUUUUGAACAGGGAAGCAGGAGAAGGAACUGCCUGCUCACACUCUUGAUUAUCAUUUUAUGUUCAUUUAGCUUUGCGUACUUUGGAGGCCUGAGUUUGGUUACCCUUUACGAGCUAAAUGAACCAUUGUGCUGGAAUGAGAUCCUCAUUGGCUAUGGCUCGGCUCUCUCCACGACUGUGUUCGCUGUCAGCUUCGUUGGUGUGUACGUCCUGUCUCGCUGCCUCUCUGACACAGUCAUCAUCUUCAUUGGGAUUCUGCCCGUUUUCAUAGGCCUGGUGAUGAUGGCCUUCAUCAAGACCACACUUCUGAUGUUUCUCGUUAGGAUCCCAAUGCUGCUGGCCAUCAUGCCGUUUCCUGUGAUCCGUUCCAUGUUGUCGAAACUGGUCUCAAAGACCGAGCAAGGUGCACUCUUUGGCUGUGUGGCUGCUCUCGAUAACUUAACAACUACUUUGGCAAGUACAGCAUUCAACAGCGUCUAUGCCGCCACAGUAGCCUGGUUCCCCGGCUUUUCCUUCCUCCUGGCUGGUGGAUUCUGCCUCAUUCCCAUAAGUCUGCUAGGGGCUAUUCCAUUCUUCAGGCUCGAAAAUGUGAACGAAAGUGAGAGUCUUUUGGCAGAGGAGGAAACUCAAGAAACAGGCAACACACCUGUUGUCUAAAAAAAAAGGGGAAAGAUAUCUUUCACCAUACUGUCUGCAGCUGUGUUUACUUGAAAUUGUUAGAGGGGUAUUUUAAACCCAAUUGGUCUUUGGCACUUUAUAUGUUACAAUGCAAGAAUGCAGCGAUUUAUAUGUUACAGUGCAGGAAUGCAGCAAAUAUAUGGGAAAAUGCUUAGUAAGGGUUUUUACAAAAUCUGCUGAACAAAGGCAGAUAUAAAUACACUUAGUUGACAAAGGUCAUGUUAUAGCUUAAAUUUCUAAGGAAAUGCAUUUUCAAAUCGAUGUUGAAAAAUUUUAUGAGUGAAAAUGUAAUAUAUUUGAAAUUAGAUUUUUCUUAGGGUCCUUUUAAUCGUACAAAAAUAAAUAUUUUUAAAUUAAUAUAUAUAUAUUUUUUACAACAGCAGCAUUCUUCAGGAGAAUGAAAUCAGGUCUAGAAAUAGAAAUACCCUGAUUAUCAUUAUAUUCUUAGAUUUUAUGUUUUCAAGGUGUUCUGGGUAUUAUGAAGUGCAUUUAUAGUUUUUAUCUGAUUUUGAACAAGGGAAAAAGAAGUAGGUCAUUCUAUACAAAAGGCUAGGAUAAAGUAUGCUGGUCCUGUCAAAACCUCUACUGGGUCUGAAAAGAAGAAGCUUAAUAAGCUGCAUUGUAAAUCUUUGUAAGUAUUGCAAAUUGUAAAUUAAAUAUAUCCAGAUUUCUAGACUCUGGGUUUUUUAGUCUGGCUCAGAGUGAUGUCAAAAGUAUUUGUUGGUUACUGCGUCUUGCUUAGGGGUCGGACAUUUGUAGCAAAAAAAUAAAAUCUUUGUGCCAAAAUUUAGAAUCACCUGAAAUUCUACACAAAAACUUGAAUGAAAUGCUAUUACGCACGUGUGUAACACUAGAAUUCCUGUAAAUUUUUGCCUGUAACCGACCAAGCAGUCCAUCCUACUACUACAUCCUACAAGAUGGGCCUUCCCUUUUCAGACCAGUUAUUAUGUUGUAUUACCUGUUGUUAUGUAGAUUUAGGUUAUCACAAGAACUGAAAUGACCCCAAGCCAGAAAUCACCGCUUGAAACUAAGUCUGCAGAGUUUCCCGUACUCUGUAUUAUAUAAUUAAAUUUGAAUUAUUUCUUGUAGACAACAGUAAAAAUCAUAUACUGACAUUAUAUAUAAAAAGUAAAGAGUAUUUGUUUAUGUCUAUAAAUGUUUAUUAUAUUAAUGCCUUUUUUUGUGAUACACAUCCAACCACAUGUACACAUACAAUCUUUAUUCUAGGGCUGCAUUUAAAUUUUUUUAAAUCAAUUAUUAUUAUUAUUAUUAUUAUUAUUAUUGGCCAAUUAGUCUGAUAAUUAUUUUUUUCAGGUUAAUAUGGUGUUCAUUUCCUGGUUGGAUCAU